AUGAAUCCCUACACGCAGCAAGCGCUACAGAAACAGAAGGAGGAGAUCGAGAUCCAGCUCCAGCAGACGCGACUGCUCGUCGAGAAGCGUCGCGAAGAAAAUGCCGCGCUGCAGCGUCGCUGCGACGGUCUGGUCGUGGAGCUGCACAAGAAACAACUCGCAUUGGACGAGCUCCUGGCGUCCAACGACCAGCAGAACAAAGACAUCGAUGUGCUGCGCCAGACGAUCAGCGAAAACAACGCGUGUCUGCAGCAGCAGACCGCGAUGAACGAGAACCACAAGCUCAUCGUCGAUCAGCUCCAAUCCUCGCUGCAGACGCUCCGCAGCGAUCUCAAACUCGCCACGGCGCAGCUCGCCGCCAAGACGCAGGCCUUCGAGGAGCAGGCGAGGGCGCUGGAGCAGGCGAACGCGGAGACGAGCGAGUUGUCCGCGGCGCUGGAGGUCAAAUCGCAAGCCCUCGCGUCUCUCGAGGCGCAGAUCGCGCAGUUAACCGCGGAACUGGCCGAUCGCGCCAGCGAAGUAGCGACGUACCAAGCGGCGACGGCGCAGAUGCAGAGCGAAUUGGCGAUGUACGCGGAGGCGUCGGCGUCGACCGCAGAGAGAGAAACGUCGCCGCACGAUCAGCCGGGCAGCGGCUCGCUGGAGGCGGUGGAGAUCGCGGUGCUGACGCAGUCGAACCCGAUCGUGCUGCACAUCGACCCGGAGCAAGACGAGAGCGAGCUGCAAGUGCUGAAGCAGGUUCUGGAGGAGUACCACUCCUCUCUCUCCACCUAUCGCAGCAACGUCACGCUGCAGAACGAGAAGAUGGCCUCGCUGCUCAACCAGGCCAAUCGCAAGUCCGCCGAGGUCGUCGCGCUGCAGGGCGAGCUGUCCCAGGCGCGCAUCGCGCAGCAGCAGGCGCGCAGCGAGGCCGACGAGCUCCGCCAGUCGCUCUCCGCGAUCGAGAGCGACCUCUCCGCGGCGCUGGCCUCCGUGCAGGAGAAAGACCGGCAGUUCGCCGACUCGCAGAGCGCCGCGACGUCGCUGCAGGAGCAGCUCGCGUCCCUGCAGGCCGCCGUCGCCGUGCGCGACGCCGCGCAGUCGGAGGCCGCCACGCAGCUCGCGGCGGUGCAGCAGCGACUGCAGGCGAAGGAGCAGGAGACGCAGCAGCUGGCGGUGGAGUCGGAGCGGAAGCGUGUGCUGUACGAGGCGCUGCAGGCGAAGUUCGGACAGCUGCAGAUGGUGCACGAGCAGAAGAGCCGCGCGUACGAAGAGCUCAACGCGAAGUAUAACAAGCUGGCGCUGCAGGCGAAGCAGCUCAUGGCGGAGUCGCGCGAGAAGCAGAUGCAGAUGCUGCAGAAGCAGCUGGAGGUGGCGAAGAGCGAGAUCGCGAAGCGAGAAAGCCAGGUGCAGAUGAUGGCGAAGAAGUACAAAGAGGCUGUGAGCAUUGUGGAGUCGCUGCGGUCCACUGCGGGGCAGCUGCAGGGAGAGGAGAAGAACAAGUUGCUGCUCACGGUGGGGCAGUAUGAGAAGGAGAUGAGCAAGCUUCGGACGGAGUACGCGCAGCUGGCCGCGGUGGCGGAGAAUCGUUUGAAAGAGAUCGACGUGCUGAAGAAGAGGUUGGGCAAGAAGGAAGCGCUGCUCAAUGAAAUGAACGGGUAUUUAAAUAAAAAGGAAGCCGAGGUUGCGGCGUUGCUGAAGCAUCAGAACUAAGAAGAGGGAAGGAUGGUUCGGAGGAUUGCACCGAACGUCGAGAACGGAAGUUUAAGUGUGUUUUGUUAGUCUGUGUAGUAUUGUGAAA